AUUUCAGGUUAAACGUCUUGAAGACAAACAAGACAACAAACAGGGAAGCUGCUCGUUGUUGCUGCUGUAACGUCAGCAUGUUAAAGUAAGGUUAUAGCCAGACAACAGUCACCACGUCUCCUUAGUGUAGCGUCUCAGCUGGUGGUGUGUGUCUGUGUUUGGGUGCCAGUCGUCAUCACAACAGUGAGGACAGGUUUGUAAUUUAUCGCAGCAAGGCUGGCAGAAAAAUGGCAUCGAUGGCCGCGGCGCAUGAGCCGAGCAUAAGCCCGGGGUCUGUACCGCUGGCAGAAACUUUGGUCCCCGCCAGUAUAUUCGCUCCGGACCGGGGAGGCUGUGGAGACGACGCCGGGGACGAGUGCUUCGAGGACGGGGACGUGUUAAACGGCGAGCCCCGGGACCGUGGAGUCGACUUCACUAGCAAGCUGGCACUGGUUAGCCCAAAUGGAGAGCAGUAUGACUCGUUACUUCGCCAACUGCGGGACAGGAUGGAAGAAGGUUGUGGAGAGACCAUCUAUGUGGUGGGAAUGGGCUCAGAUGGUGGUGAUUGGGGUCUUGAUGAAACUGACAUGGAGGCCUCAGUUGCCACGGUGCACUCUCUGUGCGAGCAACUAGAUGCUGACCUCAUCCCUCUGCGGGAACGCAACGAAACUGCCGGGUUGGUCCGUGACUAUCUCAUCCGUCGUCGUGUGGGUGAGCUGGACUUCCUGGAGGUCAGGGUGGCCGUGGUGGGGAAUGUCGAUGCUGGUAAGAGUACCCUCCUUGGGGUUUUGACCCAUGGUGAGCUAGACAAUGGCAGGGGCUUUGCUCGCCAAAAGCUCUUCAGACACAAGCAUGAGAUGGAGAGUGGCAGGACCAGCAGCGUGGGAAACGACAUUCUGGGAUUUGACCAGGAGGGACAGGUGGUGAACAAACCAGACAGUCAUGGAGGAAGCCUGGACUGGACCAAGAUCUGUGAGAAGUCCUCCAAAGUCAUCACCUUCAUCGACUUGGCCGGCCACGAGAAGUACCUCAAAACCACCGUCUUCGGCAUGACUGGACACCUGCCCGACUUCUGCAUGCUCAUGGUGGGCAGUAAUGCAGGUAUUGUGGGGAUGACCAAAGAACACCUGGGCCUGGCGUUAGCUCUCAAUGUUCCUGUGUUUGUAGUGGUAACCAAGAUAGAUAUGUGUCCAGCCAACAUCCUACAAGAGACGCUGAAGCUGCUCCAGAGGUUGCUGAAGUCCCCUGGCUGUAGAAAGAUCCCCGUCCUGGUACAGAACAAGGAUGACGUUAUAGUCACAGCCUCCAACUUCAGUUCUGAGAGGAUGUGUCCCAUCUUUCAGAUCUCCAACGUGACAGGGGAGAACAUGGACCUGCUGAAGAUGUUUCUGAAUCUGCUGUCCUCCAGGACGUCCUACCGUGAUGACCAGCCCGCUGAGUUUCAGAUAGAUGACACCUACUCAGUACCGGGUGUGGGCACAGUAGUAUCAGGGACUACUUUACGUGGACUCAUACGUCUGAAUGACACCAUGCUGCUGGGCCCUGAUCCUCUGGGCAGUUUCACACCCAUUGCUGUCAAAUCCAUCCAUCGCAAGAGGAUGCCUGUCAAGGAGGUUAGAGGGGGACAAACCGCUUCAUUUGCACUCAAAAAGAUCAAGCGUUCGUCCAUAAGAAAAGGCAUGGUGAUGGUGUCUCCAAGGCUAAGCCCCCAGGCCACCUGGGAGUUUGAGGCUGAGAUCCUGGUGCUGCAUCAUCCCACCACGAUAUCUCCCAGAUACCAGGCAAUGGUCCACUGUGGCAGCAUCAGACAGACAGCCACCAUCUUGACCAUGAACAGAGACUGCCUGCGGACAGGGGACAAGGCCUCAGUCCACUUCCGCUUCAUUAAGACCCCUGAGUACCUGCACUGCGACCAGAGGCUGGUGUUCAGAGAGGGACGCACCAAGGCUGUGGGCACCAUCACUAAGCUGUUGCAAUCCACCAAUAAUUUGCCAUCGAAUUCCAAACCUCCACAAAUCAAAAUGCAGUCCACGAAAAAGGCCCCUCCCCGUAAAGAGGAUGGAACCACGGCAGCCAAUGAUGACGCAGCAACAAUAUCACAGACAGCGAACCCAAACUCGACACAACCGGGAGAGGGAGAUGAAGACCCUCAGAUAAAGGAGGGCAACAAAGAGAACAAGCCAAAGUCUGGAGGAGGUGGGAGGAGAAGAGGAGGCCAGAGGCACAAAGGCAAAGGCCAGAACAGCAGCACCAACUCCAUGGCAGCUCCCUCCUCAUCAGGGAUAGGAGGCUGCUGAGCUACUCCGUCCCCUUCCCUGAGAUCUGUACCUCCCUCUCUGCUGUCACUCCAUCAAGUGUCUUUGGCAUUGUACACAUUAUGAAGGAAAUCUGUUAGAGUGGACUAAGACACACAAACACACACACAAACACGCACUAUUCAGUCUUUUUAUUCCUUUCACUUGCCUUCCUGCACAGGGCCCAAUGCAGAAACAGUUUUCUUCAAAGGGGAAUACGAAGGGAUGUGCUUUAAACCAAAAAGCACAUGCAGUUUUCUGACAGCUGUCUUCAUUGGUUUGAAUGAUUCGAGUGUGUGGAAGCAUUGUGGCAUUUGAGGUUAGCAUCACCCAGGAUGCUUUUUGGUAAUCACCCUAUGAUUUGAUUUUAUCCAGGAUAACAAAUAUUGGUUAUUAUCAAUCAAAUCAAGUUAUUAAUAACACCACUGAGUCAAAGAGAACAUUUUUUUUUUUCUUGGAAUAAGCUCAUUAUGAUCCUGUCAGUGGCAGGGAGGGAGGCUAAGCCCACAACAUGAGGUUAAGGGUCCAGUACCAAUAUGAGCAGCUAUAUCUGAAACCCCCAUGCAUUCCCUCUGUCUCUGCAAUGAAACACAGUUCCUUGUAAUAUUUAUAUAUUGCAUAUGUAAUAUAGCUAUUAGUUGUGUUCUAAUUGGAAAGAUGACAGUGUACAAAAAUGUAUGAAAAAUCGCACAUGAAUGUAGCAGAAGUUACAUAGUGGUUCCAUAUUGAGAUAUGGAAAAUUUAAGGUGUUACAUUUUAUAAUAGUCAGCAAUUAUUUAUUUGCCAUAUGUGCAGAAGUUUUAACUCAUGGAUGGUCUUCCAUCUUCCAGCCCCCCCACCCUCACUUGUGCUCUUACAUCCCGCAGUGUCUAUCAAGCUUACAUUGUCAGUCACAAGUUCAAAACCUUUUUCCGAUAGUAUGCGGCACAAUCCAAAUGAAUGCAACACAUCAUUGUUAAUCCAACAGUUGCUCAUGAUUGUAGGACAUACAGUAUUUGUAGUGCUGUUUUUAUCUCUAGUUCCCCAUGCGUUAUGGUCCGAUGCCGUUUACAUGUUGUGGACAUUUUAAACACACUUUGCCUCUGGUAAACUGACCAUUAAUAAACAGGCUUUAUUGAA